ACUGAGCUGCAUGCAUCUAUAACAAUUGUAUGCGGACCGCCAUAAUACCAAAGAAGAAGAAGAUCACUUCCUUCACCACAGCUUUGAGUCUGCUGCGUGAAGCGGAAGAAGUAUGAAUGCACUGACUACUGCGGAGGUUGCAUUGCUGUAAAUGCUGCAUGGCCACUGCAGAUGUCGGAUUGAACAUAUAUCGGGUUUUACUGGUUAGUUGCACGGAUAGCGCAGCGGUAAUCAGUCUGGUAUUUACAAGGCUACACUUACUGGGCCUCAGACAAUUAACUAUCUGGAUUUUCGAAGGGGACGUUGUUCCAACAGACAACGGGAGUAUUGGUGGAUAGGGUGUUGGAACGUUUUAUUGACUAAUAGAUAAUGUAAAAUAUUAUCCAGGAUCUUCCUGAAGUAAGAUUAGCCUACAUCAGACAUUUGUCACAAUUUAAAUCGAGUUGUGAUAUUUAAAAUUACGUUUGAUUGCUCUGGUCUAGCUGUUCUUUAUAUGCAUGCUAUGACAAAGAAUAACUAGUGUACGGUACCGUACACAUUUACUGUCAUUUUGUUUUUUUAAGAAACGUUGAAGAAAGAAUAGCUUCGACGAUGGAUCGGGACAGAGCUAGCCCAUCCCCCUCUACCCUGCCAGAGUCCCCGGGUUGCAACUCUUCCGGUAGUGCUUUACUGUUGGCUCUCAAGAGGGUGUCGGUGCGGCUGGUCGACUGCAGGAAAACAGCAGGGCAGAGUGGAGUUGUGAGAGAAGGACACGAGGAGGGAGAUUUGAUUUCAUCAAGGGACUCCCAUAACCAUCGCUCUCUCAGUGGAAGGUACUUAUCAUCUGGGGAGCCUCAACAACAUCAUGUUGCUGAGGAGGCAGAGAAGAGUCUUUCCAGAUCAGAUCACCUCAAGAAACACCAGCAGAGAAAUACAGUGAAGAAACCUCACCACUGUUACUCUGACUUUGGGAAGAAUUUUACUAGACUGAGGUCCUUAAUUCACCAGCAGAUUCACACUGGAAAGAAACUGUACUGCUGCUCUAAGUGUGGGAGGGGUUUUACUGCAUCUAAUGCCUUAAAAUAUCAUCUGAAAAUUCAUACAGGGGAGAGGCCUUACCCCUGCCUUGAUUGUGGGAAAAGCUUUGCUAAUUCAGGAGGCCUGACCAUACACAAGCGUUUACACACUGGAGAGAAACCUUAUAGCUGUGAACAGUGUAGGAAGAGCUUCAAUCAGUCAGGCCACCUGACUACACACCAGCGAACACACACUGGAGAGAGGCCUUAUAGCUGUGAUCAAUGUGGGAAGAGAUUCAAUCAGUCAGGAGAGCUGACUACACACCAGCGAACACACACUGGACAGAGGCCUUAUAGCUGUGAUCAAUGUGGGAAGAGAUUCAAUCAGUCAGGAGAGCUGACAACACACAAGCUAACACACACUGGAGAGAGACCUUACGUCUGUCUGUGUGGAAAAGGCUUUGCUCGAGCUUCCACCCUGACUAGACACCAGCGAACACACACUGGAGAGAAACCUUAUAGCUGUGAUCAGUGUGGAAAGAGCUUUUCUCAAACUUUCUCCCUGACUAAACACAAGCUAACACACACUGGAGAGAAAGAAGCCUUAUACCUGUGAUCAGUGUGGGAAUUGUUUCAGUCAGUUAUGGACCCUUUAUUCACACCAGUGAACACACACUGGAGAAGGAACCUUAUGUCUGUCUAGGUGGGAAGAGCUUUGUUAAUUUAUUGCAAAUGAGAAAAAACAAACACCAGAAAACAAAAACAUGCCGUAUUUCAUCUCCCUCCCUUCCAGCACCGGUUUCAGAUCCAUAAAUAAAGGACCAAUAGAAAAUAUCUAGUGAACAGUCAUAUCCAUCUCCCAUUCUUAAACAUUUGCCUCAGUCUGAUCACCAUGGUAACCUCUGUGCAGCAUAAUAUGCAGCUCUGAUCUGGGAUCAGGUCUCCUUUGUGUCUAUGUAAUAUCACACAUUGAUCUAAAUGGAUAAAUGUUAUUAUAGGAAAUGUUAUA